CCUGAAAAUAUCUUUCUGGCCCAAACAACACAGAAUCUCUUUAAAAUGGACAUAGAAGACUGCAAUGGCCGCUCCUAUAUGUCUGGUAGCGGGGACUCAUCUCUGGAGAAGGAGUUCCUUGGGGCCCCAGUGGGGCCCUCAGUGAGCACCCCCAACAGCCAGCACUCUUCUCCCAGCCGCUCACUCAGUGCCAACUCCAUCAAGGUGGAGAUGUACAGCGAUGAGGAGUCGAGCAGACUGCUGGGGCCAGAUGAGCGGCUCCUGGAAAAGGACGACAGUGUGAUUGUGGAAGACUCGUUAUCGGAGCCCCUGGGUUACUGUGAUGGGAGUGGGCCAGAGCCUCACUCCCCUGGUGGCAUCCGGCUGCCCAAUGGCAAACUCAAGUGUGAUGUCUGCGGCAUGGUCUGUAUUGGACCCAACGUGCUCAUGGUGCACAAGCGCAGCCACACUGGUGAAAGGCCCUUCCACUGCAACCAGUGUGGUGCCUCCUUCACCCAGAAGGGGAACCUGCUUCGCCACAUCAAGCUGCACUCUGGGGAGAAACCCUUUAAAUGUCCCUUCUGCAACUACGCCUGCCGCCGGCGUGAUGCACUCACUGGCCACCUCCGCACACACUCGGUCUCCUCUCCUACAGUGGGCAAGCCCUACAAAUGUAACUACUGCGGCCGGAGCUACAAACAGCAGAGUACCCUAGAGGAGCACAAGGAGCGAUGCCACAACUACCUACAGAGUCUCAGCACUGAAGCCCAAGCUUUGGCAGGCCAACCAGGUGACGAGAUACGUGACCUAGAGAUGGUGCCAGAGUCCAUGCUGCACUCAUCCUCUGAUCGGCCAACUUUCAUUGAUCGUCUGGCCAACAGCCUCACCAAACGCAAGCGUUCCACACCCCAGAAGUUUGUAGGCGAAAAGCAGAUGCGCUUCAGCCUCUCAGACCUCCCCUAUGAUGUGAAUUCGGGUGGCUAUGAAAAGGAUGUAGAGUUGGUGGCACACCAUGGUCUGGAGCCUGGCUUUGGAGGUUCCCUGGCCUUUGUGGGCGCAGAGCAUCUGCGUCCCCUCCGCCUUCCACCCACCAAUUGCAUCUCAGAACUCACGCCUGUCAUCAGCUCUGUCUACACCCAGAUGCAGCCCCUUCCUAGUCGACUGGAGCUUCCAGGGUCCCGAGAAGCAGGUGAGGGACCUGAAGACCUGGCUGAUGGAGGUCCCCUCCUCUACCGGGCCCGAGGCCCCCUGACUGACCCUGGGGCAUCCCCCAGCAAUGGCUGCCAGGACUCCACAGACACAGAGAGCAACCACGAAGAUCGGGUUGGGGGGGUGGUAUCCCUCCCUCAGGGUCCCCCAUCCCAGCCACCUCCCACCAUUGUGGUGGGCCGGCACAGUCCUGCCUACGCCAAAGAGGACCCCAAACCACAGGAGGGGUUAUUGCGGGGUACCCCAGGCCCUUCCAAGGAAGUGCUUCGGGUGGUGGGCGAGAGCGGUGAGCCCGUGAAGGCCUUCAAGUGUGAGCACUGCCGCAUCCUCUUCCUGGACCACGUCAUGUUCACUAUCCACAUGGGCUGCCAUGGCUUCAGAGACCCUUUCGAGUGUAACAUCUGUGGUUACCACAGCCAGGACCGGUACGAGUUCUCUUCCCACAUUGUCCGGGGGGAGCAUAAGGUGGGCUAGCGACCUCUCCCUCUCCCCUCAGUCCACCACUCUACUGCCCUACCUACAACAGGUGUCUAUCCCUGUUCCCACAUCCCAAGUUUUGCUUUGUAGCCCCCACUACUGGCUACCUAACUUCACACCUGACCCUGACUCCUCCUCACCUGUUCUCCUCUACGCCCCUGACCAAUUUAAGCGUUGUGAUGAAACAGGCCUUUUGCUUGUUUCUCCUUUUUCUCUUUCCCUCUCAUCGCAGCAUUCUUACUGAGUUAUUUAUUAAUUAGUUGAUUUUUCUUUUGCUUUUUUGUUUAACCUAUGUCACUCACUUGCCACUCCCCCACCCCCCUGCCCACAGCUCCCUUCCAUGUUAGGCCUAAUUUUUCUCUCUUUGAUCCAGUAUCCUCCAACAGCCCCAGAGUAGGAAGCCCCUCUUAGUACUUACUAAGAGACCUUGAGCUUCUUGCUUUAAGUCCUCACCCUGUACAUUAUCUAAUUCUUCAGUUUUGACGCUGAUACCUCCCUCUGGCCCUACCUUAGCUCUGUGGCAUUAUAUCUCCUCUCUGGGACUCUUCAACCUGGUACUCCAUACCUCUUGUGCCCUCUCACUUUAGGCAGCUUGCACUAUUCUUGAAUGAAUGAAGAAUUAUUUCCUCAUUUGGAAGUAGGAGGGGCUGAAAAAAUUCUCCCCAGGUACUGUGGGACUGAGGGUCCUCUUGAUAUUCCCCUAAUAAUAUGAGUUCCUCAAAUCCUACAUUCAGGAUCUCCCUCUAGGAUGUGAUAUAUCUUUUCCCUCUCCUCAAACGACUCCUCAACACUGCUCUAGCCUCUUCAAUCUGCCAGUCUUUUCAGUGGUGGCUUUUCUCUCCUUGCAGUGCCCCAAUUUUAUAUUCUCAGGGGCCAAGGCUAGGUCUGCAACCCUGUCUCUGACACAUUGGGAGCCACAGGUGCCUAAUUGGGAACCAGGGCAUGGGAAGUGGGUGGGUGGGUCAAUAUUCUUCUCUUUCUCCUCCACCUCUCAAACUUCUUCACUCUAGUGACCUUCCUAGGCUCUCAGGGGCUACUCCCCAUCCUAUGAGAAACUAGUGGGUUGCUGCCUACUGACAAGGGGUUAUCUCAAUCCCUCGGUCAUGCUGCCUUCUGGUUUUCUCUCCCAGCAGGAUUCACUCUCUCAUUCCUGGGUUCCUGACCCUAUUCUUAGGAUCAGUGGCAGAGAGAAACUCAUGUCUCUUUUCUCUCUUCUAAUUUUCAGUAUAACCAAAAAUUAUCCCAGGAUGAGCAAGGGCACGUACCCCUCACACCAUUCCACCCUUGUUCCAGCAAGAAUGGGAUGGGGACAACUGAAUUGGGGUCAUCCUUUACUGCCCCCUUCUACACUCAGCUCCCAGACAUAGGGUAGGAGGGAGUACUCCUCCUGGCUACUGCAGAGACCCCUGCUUAUUUGGGUAACCUAGGAUUAGCAAGAAGGGGCAGGAGGAGAUACAAGUCCACUGCAAGUGGAAGUCUCUUUCUACAAGAGUUUUCUGCCUGAGGCCACAGCCAUCCCACUCUCUGCUUCCUUGAGAUUCAAACCAAAGGCUGUUUUUCUAUGUUUAAAUAAAAAAAAAAAAAAACUAAAAACCAAACACAACACCUCACAAGUUGUAACUCUUGGUCCUUCUCUCUCUCCUUUUCACUUCCCUUCUAUCUUUCUUUCCACAUGUCCUUUCCUCAUUGGCUCUUUUGCCUCCUACUUUUCUCACUCCCUAUCAGGGAUAUUUUGGGGGGAUGGUAAAGGGUGGGCUAAGGAACAGACCCUGGGAUUGGGGCUCUUAAGGGCUCUAAGAGGAGUCUACCUUCCCUUCUUGUGGGAAGGGAGACCCUAAAAAAACUUUAUCCUCUUCUCCCUCCUUUUCCUUCCCCAUUACGUGGUUUCCCCAAAAGAACCAGAUUGGCGGAGAGAGGCAUCAUGGGGUGAUUGUUCCUCUUUGACAAUGUAGCAAUAAGUAGAUGCUGCCAAGCUCAGAGGAUGGGGAAGUUAGCUUAGAGGAGAGUGGUCUCUAGAGAAGGGAAGAAUCUUCUCAACAGCACCCCAGGGUAUUAGCUCCUUGUUUCAGGAUGAAGAACUGAGAUUAAUAUCUGGGCUUUUCCUGAACUAUUCUGGUUAUUGAGCCCCUUCCCAUUAGAUCUACCCCAUCCCACCUCUUCUGUGUCUGCUGUGUAUUUGGUGACACUUCAAAAGGACUAGUCCCCUCUGGGGAAUCAGAGCCUUAGGGUGCCCCUAUCCCCUCCCCCAGUCAGCUUUGGCACCUGUAACCUCCCGGAACAUGAAGGACUAUGCUCUGAGGCUAUACUCUGUGCCCAUGAGAGCAGAGACUGGAAGGGCAAGACCAGGUGCUAAGGAGGGGAGAGAGGGGCAUCCUGUCUCUCUCCAGACCAUCACUGCACUUUAACCAGGGUCUUAGGUACAAAAUCCUACUUUUCAGAGCCUUCCAGCUCUGGAACCUCAAACAUCCUCAUGCUCUCUCCCAACUUCUUUUGCAUAAAAAAAAAAAAGUAAAGAAAAAAAAGAAAACCACACACUGAAACCCACAUGGAGAAAAGAGGUGUUUCCUUUUAUAUUGCUAUUCAAAAUCAAUGCUACACACACAAAAAUUUCUAAAUGAACACUUUUUCAGACCUUUUUUUGUGUGUCAGUGUCCAAGCUGCAGAUAGGAUUUUGUAAUACUUCCAGCAGCUUCUUUCCUUGUGUACAUAAUAUAUAUAUAUAUAUUUUUAAUCAGAAGUUAUGAAGAACAAAAAGAAAAAAAAUAAAACACAGAAGCAAGUGCAAUACCACCUCUCUUCUCCCUCUCCUAGGGUUUCCUUUGUAGCCUAUGUUUAGUGUCUCUUUUGACCCUUACCUCUUCACCUCCUCCUUUCUUCCUCUGGUUCCGCCUCCUCCUCCUUUUUUUUUUUUUUUUUAAGAGUUUUUCUCCUUUCUCAAGGGGGAGUUAAACUAGCUUUUGAAACUUAUUGCAAAGCAUUUUGUAUAUGUAAUAUAUUGUAAGUAAAUAUUUGUGUAAUGGAGAUAUACUACUGUAAGUUUUGUACUGUACUGGCUGAAGGUCUGUUAUAAAUAAACAUGAGUAAUUUAACACC